AUGGCCGCACCCAAGAUCAUCGUCCUGGGUAGCUUGAAUGGCCAACUUGAGUCGGCAGUCAAGAAGCUAGCGACGCUUCAUGCCAAGAACCAAUUCUCUCUUGCGAUUCUUACAGGAGAUGUAUUCACCACCGAUGCCGAUGACGAGACGAUAUCCGCCCUGUUAGGGGGGUCCAUCGAGUUUCCAUUGCCCACCUACUUCACUGUCGGCAUGCAUCCUCUACCUCCUCGAAUCGCUGCCAAGGUGGAAGCCGAUGAAGAAAUAUGCCCCAAUCUUCACUAUCUGGGAAAGCGCAGUGUAACAAAGACGUCGGAAGGCAUCAGAAUCGUAACGCUAGGCGGCAUCCUCGACACAAACCUAGUAGCGGGCCAAUCCCAGGAACAGCAUUUGCCCUUUCACACGGCGGGAGACGCAAAGGCUCUACGUGGCGCCAAUAGCACCGACAUUUUACUGACCUCUAUGUGGCCGGCGAAAGUCUGGACUGGCUCCAAAGUGGUCCUUGAGCCUUCCCAUCAGGCUGCUGUGAGCAGCUCGGACGAAAUUGCGGAUCUAUGCGCCGCCCUGAAGCCUCGAUACCAUAUCUCAGCGUCCCCAGAAGCAUUCUUCUACGAACGAGAACCUUUUGUUCAACAGUCUGACAAAGAUCCUAAUACCAUUGUCGCUACACGCUUCAUCUCCAUGGCCCCAUAUGGAAACGACAAGAAGUCAAAGGCCAUGUAUGCCUUCACACUUAAUCCAGCGGACACGGCCGUGCCUCCUGGUGCCACAGCCUCGCCAUUCGCCAAAACCACCACCAAGCGCGGAAGACAGGACGAAGGGUACAGCCGCUUUGGCCAUCACGAUGACGGCCGCCACGGCAGACACAAGCGUCGCCGUGCCUCGCCGCCGCCAGGUCCCGACAGGUGUUACUUUUGUUUGUCAAAUCCCAACAUUUCUGCGCACAUGUGCUGCAGCAUUGGCGACGAAGCAUAUAUCACAACCGCAAAGGGACCCUUGCCAACAUCCUCGACAUUUGCAGAACAGGGGCUAAAUUUCCCUGGCCACUUCAUCAUCAUACCUUUGCCACAUUCUCCCACGAUUGCGAGCAUGGGCAGUACGGCAGACCCUACCAGCGAGGCGGUGAAGGCAUAUAAAGAAAUGGUACGAUUCAAGGAAUCUAUACAAGCCAUGAUUGCUUCCAAAAGCUCGCAUAAGCUCGGCGUCGUCACAUGGGAGAUUAGCCGCGACCGCAACGUCCACCUAAUCUGGCAACUCGUUGCCGUACCAGCCGACAUCAUCCAAAAGGGUCUCGCAGAGGCAGCCUUCCGCGUGGAAGCAGAAAACCUGAAAUACCCCGGCUUCUCCACCAAGGACCUCCCUCUCGAGGAGCUGGCCUCGUCGGGCGACUUCUUCCGCGUCUGGCUGUGGGCAGAUAACGGAGAGGACAAGAUUAAGGGAAAGUCCCUCGUUAUGCCCCUCGCCUCCGACGCGCGCUUCGAUCUGCAGUUUGGACGCAGGGUCCUGGCCAAGCUCAUGGGCCUGGAGAACAGGGUCAGCUGGCAGAACUGCGAGCAGUCCGUGGAGGAGGAGACCAAGGACGUCGAAGCUUUCCGGGAGGCGUUUAAGGAGUGGGAUUUUACUCUGUAA